AAGGGGACGUUGCACCAUGGAGAGGUUCGUUCUAGUCUGGGCGCUAUGCGCGGUACUGGUUGCGGCGGCCUCCCAGAAGCCAUCCAUCACGGUGGAUGAGGCCGGCACGUUGUACAUCAACUCGACGAACAACGUGGUGGUCAAUGGUAUCAAUGUGGAGGCAGCCUUUGCGUUGCUUAUUGACGCAACGCCAAGCUUGCGGUGGAGCGCACCAGAGCAGCGUAUCAUCUCCACCGCCGCUGAUCAUGCCCGCUCGGUGUAUGCGGCAGAUUUGGACGGCGAUGGGGAUCUCGAUGUCCUCAGCGCCAGCCGCAACGACAACAAGAUUGCGUGGUACCGAAACAAUGGCAAUGGCACCUUUUCCACCCAGAUCAUCAUCUCCACCGCCGCUACUUCUGCCUACACGGUGUAUGCGGCCGAUCUGGACGGCGAUGGGGAUCUUGACGUCCUCAGUGCGAGCGCUCAGGACGACAAGAUUGCGUGGUACCGUAACAACGGCGGCGGCAGCUUCUCUGCCCAGAAUGUCAUCUCCACCGCUGCCAAUGGCGCCACUUCGGUGUAUGCAGCAGAUCUGGACGGCGACGGUGAUCUCGAUGUCCUCAGCGCCAGUAUUUAUGACAACAAAGUAGCGUGGUAUCGAAACAACGGUGGGGGCACCUUUUCCCCCCAAAUCAUCAUCUCUACUGCCGCUGACUAUGCCCGCGACGUGUAUGCGGCAGAUCUGGAUGGCGACGGUGAUCUCGACGUUCUCAGCGCCAGUGUCGAUGACGACAAGAUUGCAUGGUACCGAAACAACGGCGACGGCAUCUUUUCCGACCAGAUCAUCAUCUCCACAGAUGCUGACGGCGCCUUCUCGGUAUAUGCAGCAGAUCUGGAUGGCGACGGUGAUAUGGAUGUCCUCAGCGCCGGCCGCGACGACCACAAAAUUGCGUGGUACCGGAACAACGGCAACGGCGUCUUUUCCGCUCAAAUCGUCAUCUCCACCGCCGCUGCCGGUGCCUACUCUGUGUAUGCGGCAGAUCUUGACGGAGAUGGCGAUCUCGACGUUCUCAGCGCCAGUUCUAGCGACAACAAGAUUGCGUGGUACCGGAACAUCGGCGGCGGUACUUUCUCCACCCAGCUCAUCAUCUCCACCGCUGCUGACGUCGCCUACUCGGUUUAUGCAGCAGAUCUGGACGGCGACGGCCAUCUCGACGUCCUCAGCGCCAGCGGGACCGGUGGCAAGAUUGCGUGGUACCACAACAACGGCCAGUGGGACUGGAAAACUCGCUUCAAUUUGCCCUAA